ACCUCGCCCCACCUCGCGUUUUAUACCAUUUCCCUGCGGUCCUCACCGCCGCACGUUUUGCGGUGUGGAUGCGAGUCUGGAACGGAUUCCGCCGGCCAAAAACAGUCAAACGGGAAGAAACGCGUUGGCUGCAAGUCUCAAACUUCAAAGUGGAAAUGGGCUCUUAGACUACCCAGACUACCCCGCAAUGGACGUAAAACGACCACCCAUUCAGCCCCCGGUUCCUACGCCACAACAGCCUACUGGGCUGGUUCCAGCAGAAGGUGUCCCACCGCAACAGCCCGCUAACUUCAAUCCACCCGGCAAUUCCCCCCUUGCACGACCUGUGAAUGCAACUCCUCAGCUCUCGCCUCGGACCCCCGGCGUAAGUCCACGGCAACCCGAAACGGCAUAUCGAACGCCUAGGAGCGAGUUGAAAGUCGCUGGCGACGAUGAGAUUCUGCUGCGAACGAGACCGGGGCUCGCGGGUGCCUCGCGCACCCGUGCCUGGACAGGGCCGUCUUUACCGCCUUUCGACGCGUAUAAAACAGCUGUGUUGGGGUCGCCUAGUGCCGUAUCGCCGCGGUUCUACUCAACAACGGAUAGCUCGGCUUCGGCAUCGCCUGUGACGAGCGGAAGCACAAAUGGGGAAACCAUGUCACCGCGGGAACGGGUGUUGUUGGCGUUAGGGAACCACCAGCGCGAGGAGCGCACCCCGGCGUCGGAGAUGAACGAACGUGUUUCGGGGAAGAAGAAAAUGGGAUAUCUGGUCACUGGAAAAGGACUGAAAAGCGGGAACGCUAGUCCGCUACCUCCUAACCCAUCCCAUGUUCCCGAAACGCCUUACAUUGUUCGGACUGCUGCGAGUCCUCAGCCAACAUCAAAGGGCCGAAACUCACCCCCUCCAUCUUGGAGGUCUCAUGCAUCUAUGUCGUCCUUGUACUCCAAUCUUGCAAGGAGGGCAUCGAGUCCUUCUCUGGCACAUACCCAGUCGUUCAGCCAGGCGGAAGCGGAACUGGCAGGCAUCGCGGUGCCACGACGGGCAUCGGCGGAUAGCUCGAUUGUCCGCAGUAGUGAGGAUCUGUUCCAAGGGGAUGAUAAUGUAAGGCGGCAUACCAGCAGCGCUGGCAGCGUUCGAGCGAAGAAUCAUGAGUCCACGAAGAAGCGAACGCAGGAUGAGGGGGCUCGUACGUCCCUGCGGAAUCUGACGGGAGUGUCAAAGAUUCCAGCCAGCCUAGCAUCAACGGGGACGUUAAUCAAGGAUAAAGCCAUCAAACACAUGAAAACGCCAUCGGGAUCAAAAUACGAAGGUGAAGUCGUGGAUAUACUGGAUGUACCACCGAAAGAAGUGGCUAGGCAGCUGGCGUUGAUGGAUAGUAAGGUGUUUCGGGAAAUUCCGCGUGCAGAGCUGGCGUCAAUUGCGUGGACUGGGCAGGACAAGCAGCAGCGCGCCCCACAGAUUGUCGCAGCGACACAGCAUUUCAAUCAAGUUGCAUUGUGGGUGGCGGAGCAGAUUGUGCUGGCGGAGAAGGUCAAAAGACGCUUUCAGCUCGUUUGCCACUUUAUUGGGGUUGCAAAGUACUGUAUGGACCUCAACAAUUUCAACGGUCUUCGCAGCAUCACUGCUGGCCUGCAAUCCACGGCCGUUCACAGACUAGAGCGGACGUGGGCGAUGGUUGGGCGGCGAGAGAAGGCGGUGUUUGACAAGAUGUGUGACCUCAUGUCGCCAUUGAGCAACAGUGAUGCGUACCGACGGCGGUUGACUGAGACAAAGCCGCCCUGCGUACCGUAUCUGGGCGUAUGGUUAGGAGAUCUGACGUUUCUGAAUGAGUGCAUCAAGAAAGAAAAGGAUGACCCCAAUCGCGCCCAGCAACUUGUGGAAAGACAAGCGCAGAUGGAUGCUCUAUUGGAUGAUAUAUCCCGAUACCAGCAAAACAGCGUAUACCCACAGCUUGAAGUAGUCCAAGGGAUCCAGGAUGCUUUUAGUUCUUUCCAAUUGUCUCAGGACGUCAACAAGAUCGAGGAGGACCAGUACCUACGCAGCAAAAUUGUCGAGCCGAAGAUCACGCCGUCGAGCUCGAAGGGUGGUGGGGUCGACACUGUCGGGACAGGGGACACCACCGGUAGCGGCAAGUCCGGUACGAUCAAAGUGAUACGGAAUAGGAUACGAGGAAAUAGCGCGAGCAUUCGAUGUGAGCCGGCUAGCAAUGCGGGCCUUUUGGAGCUGCACAUCGGGGAUGGUGCGUCCGACGACGGGAGCACCGCGUUCUCGGAUACCAUGGUGACAGACGGCAGUAGUAUCAGGACGGGAAGCAACCGCACGAUCGAACGGCAUGGCAGUGUCCAAAACCAUUCCAACCUAGGUGGGAAACGAUCAGGAAGCGAAACAAGCGACCGGAAACAAUCUCCACUAGGGACGCCGGCUCCCAGCAGGACGCCGGCGACACCGCCCGCUCGAUCCACACGCGACACUAAGCCGCUGGCCGCCAACAAGAUGAGCGCCGCGGCGGCCGCGAAACGAAAAGCGCGCGGGCAUAGGAGAAGCAAAUCUGGAUCCGCUGCCGUCACGUACCACGGCUCACCGCCGGCUUCGACACCUAUGACGCAUAGGCAGUCGCGACUGUCCAUGGGCUCGAUAUCGGAUUUCUUGGUGUCGAAAGGUUGGGUGGAUGAGAAUGAGGAGGAUAUUGAGUUGAUGAAUGAUAGCCGGGAAUCGGAUAUCAGCAGCCCGUCGACUUCGCAUUCUGCUAGCAUUGAGAUUAAUAGUCGUGGAAGACGACUGACGAGUUCCGCACGAUACGUGAGCGCAUCAACAACAUCCAACGCUUCGUCCGGUGUCCGGCGAUCCAGUCGGUCGCUGCAACAGCCGCAACUGGCAGCCGGUGACUUGGUUUCAACAACGGACCUAAAUGAACUCGUCACCCCCGUCGAGAAUCAAGGCCUACAUCUCGUUGCGCUGGACCAGCCCGUCGGAUACAUCGCACCAGGCUCACAUGACUUUGGGGAUCCAGAUCUGAGCGUCACCAUGCUACCAUUCGGCGACGGCGAUCGAGCCGAAAACACAUCCGCCAGUUUCGAAGACUUCACGUUCAAAACCUGCGACAUCGACUGCAUGACCCCCAACACCGACGGGGGUUACGAUUUCAAUUUCCUGGCACCGAAAGCAUCACAGGCGGUCAUUGAUCAACAUCCGCACAUAAACGCGAAUCACGUACAACCGCACAACCAACCCAUGCCGUUGCAGAUCAAACGCAUCAACUCGUCGCCGAGUAGCGUGGCAUCGCCAGCGUCGUCGAGCGGGAGUCUGAACGUAAGCCAAUCUCCGAUGGUGGAUGCGCGGGAUAAGCCCCCGAUCCUCGAAGGCCGGAGUGGAUCGUCGUUCUCAGGGUCCAUCCGCAGCAAUACCCUCCCGGAACCCAUCUUGCAAGGGUAUCUAGAUAAGAAGGAAGAGCUCACGGAUAUCGGGAAGAAAGUCCCGGGACGGAAAUGGGCACGUGCAUGGGUUGCCUUGUACGGCAACCCGCCGCGGUUGGAGAUCUAUCAGCAGAAUAAGGCUGAUAGCGGGAAAAGCUCUCCGCGCGACUUGGCACCGAAAACUCCAACGUCCCCGACGGACUACCCGAGCAACAUCCCGACUUUUGGUCUGACACCUCCCACCCUCCGCGCGGGCAGUCCGCUGAACGGCAACAGCUCUUCCCAGGAACGCACCGAUAUGCUCGACGGCGGCAGUCCCGGUACACCUGUCCGAAGCGAGUUGUCAACGGGGUCAGGACGCCCAUCAUCUCCCGCACAAGGUCUAUCAUCCACGGGCAGCCCAUGCCCCGCCGAGGGGGAGCGGCCAAGCACGUCUGGGCCAGCGGGAAAGGCGCUGGGCCAGAAACGACGGCUGUGGCAUGCCAUGUCCGGAUUCAGCGGAUCGACGGUUGGAUCACAGGGGAGUGGGAAUGCGAGAAGUCGGAUGGGAUCGACGGGUUCUGCGAGAGGGUCCAAGUCGUUGUUUGGGAAGUCUGCCGAGCAGGAGCCACCACAUCUAUCCCUCACAGAGACGAUCCCACUCCUCCGACAAGGCAACUGCGUCGGACCCGCCCACUACAAAAAGCGAAAACACGUUCUCCGCCUGUUUCCCGGACCGGGCGCGCGACGGACCGUCCUCUUUUAUACGGGCAGUGAUCCCAGCAUGUUCCAAUGGAUUAGCGCGUUGAAAAGUGUUGUCGGUGACGAACUACGGACGACGAAAAGCGCAUCAACGCCUACGAGGGUUUGAUUGUGGGAACUCGUUUGAUGGACAUGGUUGCCAUCCUGCGCUGGACAUGCAGCACCUUCCCUGUACAGUUUUUGGGAUUUUGAUGACAUAUUUUACCCGAUCCUUGUUGUAUCAUAAC